CUGAGGCAGUUCCAGCUUGUUUCAGCUCUGGCAGGAUUUACGCGGAGUUGCGGACCAAUGGAUCCAAAGGGCAAAGAGUCGUAAGUUGCAGGCGUAAAGCGGGAAAACUUAUAGUUUGAAGCAUAUUUUGGAUUUUAAUCCUGAGGGGACUUCCUGCAUCUAAAGCUGCUGCGCACAGCGACGCGCCGGGGAGAGCUGUGAGGACCCCGUGAUUUUCCGUGUCCAAGAAAGGAGAAGAAAAUUAUCUUUUCUACCCCAGACCUCCUCCACUCAGGAUUUUUCACUUCGGGCCCGUUUGUGGUUACAUAUCCCGGAGAUGACACCUGUCUCCUCCCGCCGUCCUUCUCCGGGUCGGAUAGGGAUGGAUGUGGCAUCGUGAGGUGGCACCGACCUGAGGAUAGUCACAGUUUGGACUUUUUACCCCACGCAUCUUUACCUCAUGCAGCUCCUUCGGCUGGUCUGGGCUCUGACUGUCGGUGCGGUCUGCUUACUGCUCCUCCUGCUCCUCCACAGCCAGAUCUUGAGAGAAGGCCAGCUGGUAGCAGGAAGCUGUGAGAUUGUUACUCUGGACCGUGACAGCAGCCAGCCCAGGAGGACCAUUGCCCGGCAGACGGCUCGCUGCGCCUGCAGGAAGGGACAGAUCGCUGGGACAACAAGAGCCAGACCGGCUUGUGUUGACCUUCGUAUCAUCAGGAGUCGACAGUGGUGUGAGAUGACUCCAUGCUUGGAUGAUGAAGACUGCAAUCUCCUGGUCAAUCAGUCAGGCUGGACCUGCACUCAGCCAGGAGGCCGAGUGAAAACCACCACGGUCUCCUGACAGUGGCAACUACAACAGAUGCUCACCAGCAAAAGCCUGGUUCCCAUCAUCCCCUGCCCAUCAUCGC